CAUUCGCCUCGCACAAACACAACACUCAACGAAUAACUCAUUUCAUUCUAUUAUUCUUUCUUUCCCUCCCUUCCUCUCUUUCAAUGGAAGAACCUCUACGCGCAACAACUAUCUCCUGCGAUCUUCAUCUCACUACACUCACCAAACAAACCGUCUUUUACGAACCCGAUUUCGAAAUUCUCACUUCCGAUGGCCUUCGCAUCCCAGUUCACGCCGCCAUCCUGGGAUCAGCGUCACCGGUGUUGGAGAACAUCAUUGAAGGGCCACCUAAGCAACGGAGAUCCGAGAAAGUCAUUCCGAUUCUCGGCGUUCCUUCUGGUGCCGUUUCCUCUUUUGUUGGAUUUCUGUACACGUCCAGGUGCACCGAGGAGCAGAUAGGGAAAUACAGCAUCCACCUCCUGGCUUUAUCACACGUCUACUUGGUGCCGCGGCUGAAGCAGCGAUGCACAAAGGGUUUAAGUGGACGGCUGACGAUAGAGAAUGUGGUGGACGUGCUUCAACUCGCCAGGCUUUGCGAUGCACCAGAUCUUUCCCUCAAAUGUAUGAAGUUUAUUGCCAGCCGGUUCAAGGCUGUUGAGAAGACUGAAGGUUGGAAAUUUAUGCAAGAUCACGAUCCAUGGCUGGAGCUUCAGAUUCUUCAAUUCAUGGAUGAAGCUGAAUUGAGAAGGAAGAGGUCAAGAAGGCACAGAGAGGAACAGAGUUUGUAUUUACAGCUAAGCGAGGCAAUGGAAUGCUUGGAGCACAUAUGCACAGAAGGAUGCACCAGUGUGGGGCCAUAUGACAUGGAGCCCACCAAAUGCAGGGGCCCUUGCAGUAAAUUCGGCACGUGUCAAGGUCUGCAGCUGUUGAUCCGGCACUUUGGGACAUGUAAGAGGAGGGUAAGCGGAGGGUGCUUGCGGUGCAAGCGGACGUGGCAGCUCCUUAGACUUCACUCAUUAAUGUGUGAGCAAUCUGAUUCUUGCAGGGUUCCUCUUUGCAGGCAAUUCAAGUUGAGAGCACAAGUGGAGAAAAAGAGUGAUGAUACUCGGUGGAGGCUUCUGGUGAGGAAGGUUGUAUCAGCCAGAACUAUAUCUUCCUUGUCUUUGCACAAGAGAAAGAGAAUGGAAGAAUCACAGCGGACAAUGAGUGAUCAUGGAAUGAGAAACUUCAAGUUAUGAUCAUAAGUCAUUACAGUGUUUCAGUUC